ACUGCGAUUGAGGGAACCGGAAGUGACCGGCGUCACCCGACACCGAGCUAUAAUCUGUUAAAACCCGGGCUCGCGGUGCGCUCUCUCUCUUUCACACACACACGCGUUAUAAAGGCUUCUUAAAGGCGUCGUUACUGCUGCAGAGAUGUCUUUCCGCAGGGCGGUGAAGCUCGCGUGCGGCUUUGCGGGCGGUUCCGCGGUGGUGGUCGCGUGCGCGUAUUUCACCGAUAAACACCGGGAGAUUGUCCGGUUAAAGCCCGGACUCAGCGGCGUGCUGCAUGCAGCUCAGCCCAGUGCUAACAACACCAACCACUGGGAUUAUAACUGGGAUAAGAGAGAGCCGUCCUCCAUGAGCAGCAGUAGGAGAAGAGGAAGUGUUGGAGAAGAGAACGGUGUGGAGGUGGAGAACAACAAGCCCACGGCCACGCGCCACAUCUUCCUCAUCAGACACUCACAGUACAACCUGAGCGGCGGCUCCGACUCGGACAGGACACUCACGCCUUUAGGCCGCGAGCAGGCGGAGCUGACUGGACAGAGGUUGGCGUCUCUCGGCCUGAAAUACCACAUACUGGUCCACUCCAGCAUGGCACGAGCCACAGAGACGGCUCAGAUCAUCAGCACACACCUGCCAGGAGUGGAGAUGGUGAGCUGUGAUCUGCUGCGAGAAGGUGCUCCCAUUGAACCUGUUCCUCCUGUCACUCACUGGAAACCUGAGGCUGUGCAGUACCACGAGGAUGGCGCUCGAAUCGAGGCGGCAUUCCGGCGCUACAUCCACCGAGCUGACCCCAAGCAGAAGGAGGACAGCUACGAGAUCGUCGUCUGUCACGCUAACGUCAUCCGCUAUUUUGUGUGCAGAGCUCUACAGUUUCCUCCUGAAGGCUGGCUCCGUUUGGGGCUCAAUAACGGCAGCAUCACGUGGCUGACGGUCCGUCCGAGCGGCAGGGUGGCGCUGCGGGCACUGGGAGACUCCGGCUUCAUGCCACCAGACAAAGUGACACGCACCUGACCCUCCUGAUCCGCUUCUCAACCAGAACCGUCCAGUCAGAACCCGGUCUCACACACAGUACAGUGACUUCGGCCUCACAGAGACGACGUUUCCUGCUUUUAGUCAACGUUCUACUGAUCAAGUGACUCAGUACUGAUUCAUAACGGAUAUUUAUUCAUAUUGUUCUGAUUCAGUACUGAUUCCUCUCUGUCUGGAACUGACUCUGAUUCACUUGUGAGCUCUGUUUCCAUUCGGAUUCAUUUCGGAUCUUGAAAGUUUCCGUUUUUAGUUUUUGUUCACGGAACUGACUCGGAGUUUGUUCUGUUCACUUUUCAUUUGAUUCUGAUUCAGUUUAAUUCGACUCACUUUUUUUUUUUUUCAUUCUGAUUCAGUUCUGAUUGAGAUCGAGAUUGACGGAGCAUGAGACAUGUUCAGCCGUUUCACCCUGAAUCUCUUCAUCAUGACAGAUCCCUGAUUAUAUUCAUGCCCUGACUCCUCCUCGACUGUGUUUACAGUGUGUGUGUGUGUGUGUGUGUGUGUGCAGUUUUGGUGAGAUUAUUGUCUAGGUCUGGAUUACUGAGGAAGAAAAGCAUCAGAUUUCUCUUCAUGAAUCUAGAUUCUGGUCCUAGACGAGGGAAAACCAGCAUCAUGUCUGUGUUUAGUUAGUGUGUGUUUGAACCCCGUUCUGGACAAGAGCUGUGGUCAGUAACACACACAGCGUCACUCAUUACAGACUCCUGAUCAGGGUUUCUUUUUUUCUGUUUUAAAGCACGGUGUUUGAUAUUGAAAACGACCAGAGGCCUUGAUGUGGAGCAGGAUUUCCGCUUGUCUGUUCCUCAGUCCCAGAAUCCUACUCAGUGUAGAAAUACCAGAGAGAAAACUGACCAAUCAGAUUUCUCGCUCCUGCCAGCAUUCAUCCAGUUCACUCGUUAUUUUAACUCAGCAUUAGUGUCAUGUCCGUGUGAACACGCACACCUCAACCUUAAAUCCAGAUGUUCUUCUGAAAGCCAGCAGUGUGCGUGUGUGUGAAUCAGAAUGGUCAGACAGGAAGUGACCGUUGUUUUAAUUGUAUCUCUGUUUUACUGUAUUUUUGAUUUUGAGAAUUAAAGAGUAAAUCUUCA